CUUGAGGCCAUUCCCCCUUGCCCUGCCCCCUGACACUUGGGAGAAGAGGCCAGAACUCACCUCUCUACAACCUCCUUUCAGGUAGUUGUAGAGAGCAAUAAGGUCUCCCCUCAGCCUCCUCUUCUCAAGGCUAAACAACCCCAUUACUUACAUUUAAAGCAACUCACAUUUUCACCUGGAGAGGAGUCUCUAUAUUAACAGCGCCAGGUAUUUUCCUAUAUGGGGUGGAUCUUGUGGGUUUUUUUUUACGAAGUUUCAUCACUGCCAGGAUUUCAAGUAGAAUAUGUGAAAAUGAGUAAACUUUGUUAUGUUUGGAGAUUUCAUUUGAGUAAGUUUCCCAAAAGUUGAAUCUGAUUUUAAUCUUCAUCUGAAUUUACUGAGAACAGUGUUGCUUGGUAAGCUUUGGUUUCCAGGUAUUUCUGUCUUGGCUAGAAAUAGUGUAGGGUUUUUUUAUAUAUUUCAAUAUUUCUUAUUUCAGCCAAUGCUAGAAAUAAGCAGUGCAGGAGCAAAGAGGUAUGGGGAAAAAGUUAUUUAAAAAUUAACCAGCUUCAUUUUGUUGUUUCCUUGUUUUGUUUUUUGGAAUACUGGAUAAAGCUCCUUUUGAGUGUAGCCGUCUUAUCAGUUACAAUAACAAAUGUCUGUGAAUGACUUGAAAGCCAGUUUCAAAACAUUUUAGGUAACCUGGCUGUCCCUUUCCAUGAGUCAGUCACACCUGGGAGCUUCAGGAUACAUCACAAAAGACUGAAAUAGAGUGAGGUGAACUUUCUAAGACAGCCUCAGUCUUAGGAAAUGCCUUCCCCUGGACAGUGUUUGGAAUGACACCAUUUAUUCCUUUAGUGAAUGUUUCAAGCAAGUGGAGCUCUCUUCUCAUCAAAGACACAGACUCUCUGGCAGCAUCCCAGCUCUGCAGCAGCUCUUCCUGGUCACACACUGGUUCCUCACUUUUCAUGGCUCUGUGGGUGAUGAGAGAGAAGUGCGUGGGACUGCAAGUCUUCAAAGCCUAUGGUUUGUGGUCCAAGAGCUAAAAACAGUCACAAACUUCACCAUCUGGAUGAAAAAUUACAGCUCAUCUUGCAACUGUUUCUUCUGCAACACUAUGCUUUUCCCAGCUGCUCAGCGAUUCAGGAGGUCCUCGGCUGCAUUCCUUAACCCAGUGCUACAAAACUCACUGGAAGAUGUGGUCCUGCUUUAUGAGUUUCUUUUAGCUGAGCUUGACAUUGACAAAGGUCAGAGGAUCGCCAUCAAAGAUGAGGAGCUCUCUUCACUGAGGAAGGCUGCUGAGUUUGACAUCAUCUGCAAUGAGAUUAUCCCCAAGAGCAUCACAGAGAUCCGCAGGCUGAGUAGCAGGCUGUCUUCCUAUCCACGGGUCCUCAAGAAAGAAGACUUUGAAAGGACAGUGCUGACUAUGGUCUACACAGCUUACAGGGCUGCUCAGUCCCAGGGGCACCAGAAAGACGUUUGGGCUGAAUCCUUUGUCAAUCUUUACAAAGCCUUGAAGCAUGACUUGAUGUUCCCAUACAAUAAAGGGCCAUCAUAGUGGGAGACUUGAUGUACAGCAUCUCAGCCACCUCUUCUAGUUCAUAAUGGACACAUGUAGCACGUCCACCACUUUAUAGAGUUUAAAAGCCUGCUUCAUGAACGAUUAUUUGUUUUCUAGCUCCCUCUUGUGGAAUCCAUUUUAUAGUUCCAUGUUAAAUGGAAAAAUGUUCUCUUCAUUCCUCGGAAUUUGUCUUUUGUGUUGGGUUGGAGGCACAUUCUUUGACAAGCAAAGAAGGGAGUCUAGUGUACAACCGAGAUAGAUAUAUCCCUCUUUUGUCUGUGGGUUUCUUAUAAACAAUACAUAAGUAUACUAUGCUUACGCUUACAUACAUACAUGUAUGUGCUCAAGACUUUUACUUUCCUAGCUGGAGAAACAAGCACAUAUUUCAGCUGGCCAGUAAAGGAACCUUAUAAAGAAAUGCAAAGGUCUGCUGUAAAAGGAAGAGGGUUCAUAACUGCCAGCCUUCAGAAAUUACGUCAAAUACUUUAAUUCCAAAUAUUCUUUUAAAUAAGCACUGUUUGAUUUAUUUCAUUUGGCUAAGCCAGUUUUUAAUCAUAAUAACAUUUGCAGAAGACAAAGGGCAUUGUGAACACCAGCAGCAAAAAAUGCCUGUGAACACAUUUCCUGCUUUCCAGACCCAACUUUCCAAACAGUUUGCAAUAAUUAUUUCGCUAUUUGCACAUGACUCUGCCUCUGCUUCUGCUCCUUGCUUUUUUAAGGGAACAUUGUGUUGUCCUUAGCAGUGUCAAAGGCAAGACAAAAGCCUUGUUUAAUGUAAUGAUGACACAUUUUUCCUAGUUCUAUUACUUGAACGUAGGUCAUAUAAACCCGUGCUUCAGAAUCUCCCUAAGGCAAAGGAGGAAGAUGCAUGAAAACAUACCUGGUGCUGAAUUCAGCAGUGUGGCUUGUUUUGAAUGGUAAAUUAUAUAUGCAUUUUUGUAUGUGUGUGUGUGUGUAUGUUUAUGCACGUAUAUGUACAUAAGUGCUGAGUACAUGGAAUAAUCCUAAAUUUCUCAGUUGGGGGACAAUUACAUCCAGCCACUUAGCAGGAAAGUUCAUUCACCAAUGUAGCGGUGGGAAUUAUAACUUUGGGAGCAGUACUUGCUUAUGGCAAAAAAUCUUCUAGAAAUAGUGAGACUCAUUAUUAUGAACUGCAAAAAAGAGUAACGUACAAAAAAUGGACAGAAAAUGGAGAUAUAUCUUGUCAGACAGAUGACUAAUAAUGAUAAAUCCAAACUCUACUAAAGGAAAUCCUCUAAUUUUUGUGAACAAGUUAUAGGAACUCUAUUUCUCUGUUGCUAUUAGAGGUGCUUCUACUUCCAGAACAUGGGACAACAGCUGAACAUUCAUAUAAUUCUUUUAUACCAGCUCUCUCUAUCUCUCUAUUUGCAUGGUAUCUUAAGGAGAUGGGCCCAAAUCACAAAUCCCCAAGGCUGUAAAAGAGAACUGGGGACUUCAAACCCACUUCUGAAUCACGUUUAACUGCUUCUGUACCACUUGGGAGAAAGGAAUAAGCUCUUCUGUGUCCCUUAACAGGGAUCCUUCAAGUACUGGAGCUGAAAAUAUCCAGCACUACUUUGCUACAAUAAACAGGAAAUAGUGCAAGCAGUGAGAGCUUGCUGGGUUUGACAAUCACCCGUGGGAAUAUGGACCCACAGCAGCCUUAGGGGCAGGCUGGCAAUGGAAUAAGCAGCUAGGUAAAGAGUUUAUAAAAGACAGGCAGUCCUGGCUUUCCCAGAAGUUUCUGUAGAUGUAUGCAAAAGUGUGCAUGUUUAGCUCUGUCUAUGUGUAGGUGUACUUUUAUGCCUGAAGAUCUUGUUGUCUAUCUUGAAAGCCUGCAUAGCAUAUGGCAUAUGGCGAAGGAAACUGAAAACCUCAACCAUAAAGCUAUGGGCCACAAAUAUCUCCAUCCUCUCUACUUUCACACACAGCUCAGCACCCGCAAAGCAGCCUUACGCCACAGUCCAUAUGACCUUUAAGCCUUAAGCGUAAACACAAAUGAUCUGUUUGUGUUUUCUUCCCACACCAAAUUUUAUAAAUGCAUGGAGGGGAAAUGACAAGGAGCACAGUUCUGCCUUUCCAGCCCUGUUUCUCCUUGGGUCCCUGAAGCACCACUUGCUGGAAGAGCCUGGCACCAGGUCAACUCAUAAAUCCCUUGUAGCUAGUGACUCCAAGUUUGGAAAAAUAACAAGAAAGAGCACGACAGCAAAUAUUAACUACUAGCAGCCAUCAUCCAGAGAAAUACCUCCCAGCGAUUAUCCUCACUCCACAACUGGACUGCCUAGCAGUUGACCCAUCAGUAAUCAUCUCAUGGAAAAGAAUUAUAGAUAGUUUUGAAUAUUCAGUCAUUCCCUAUGACAUUCCUACCUUCCUGUACCUUACAAAUUGGCAGUUAAAACCUUUACCUCCCCAACAGAAAAUAAACUCUUUCUGAGUUUUUUUCCUUCCUCCAAUUAUUUGUUUAGUGUAGGAAAAGUGAUUUAUUCUUUCAGAAUGUACUUGGAUUGUCCAGGUUAA